CUAACUUUCCAGGGGCCGAGACAACGACAUCAGUUGCCCAACGUGCUGCCAGCGCUACGGGCUCAGCAUCUACCAGUGCAGCAACGGACACGGCUCCUGCCAGGACUGCCGCUUGGCUCAGCGGUCGUGCGGCAAAUGUCUCUCGCCCAUCACUGCCAUGAGGAAUAUUGCGAUGGAAGCUGUUAUAGCCGACUUGAACACUACUUGUCCGAACGAGGGCUGCACGCUACGCUUUAACUUCGAUGGGAUGCAACGUCACCUCAAGGAGUGCCCGUUUGGGGAGAUGGACUGUCCAAUGGGCGCAGUCUUUGGACAAUGCUCAACUCGAUGCAAAGUUUCUGACAUGGCUGUACAUUUUGACGAGUGCCACAAGGAGCAACGCUCCGCAGAAAUAGACAAGGAGAUGUACGUAUUCAACAUAUGCAUGGAGACCCAUAAAAUGUUUCUUAUUAAGAAUGGUCCCUACAACUUCUUAGUUCACGUUAAAGUAGACGAGAAAGAACGUAAAAUUUCAAUGACUGUCCAGUUGCUAGGCACGAAAAUAAGUGCCGACAAAUGGACGUAUGAGUUCCACGUCUACAACAAGAGACAGCCGUUAAGGAAGUAUCUUUACGUUGACAAUUGUCAGUCGAUCGGUACUCCUGUUGCGGAUAUUUUCAAAGAGAGCCAGUGUGCUACCCUGCCACUUAGUUACGCCAUGACUUUCGUCAACGAAAGCGCUUUGACGUACAAGUUUUUUAUAAAGAAGGAAAUGAACCAGAGGGGACGUAGGAGAGGUCCCAGGAAUUUUAACGAUGCGAAUUAAACAAAUAUUUAAGGUUGUAACAGACUGCAUGCCAGCUGCAAAACUUGUAGAGUUAGACCAAGAAAAGUCUGCAACGGUUUUGAUAGCACACGCAGUGCAAGUGUUAUUCCUCUUAAGACCCAGUAGGGCAAUUUUGGCGCUUUGGAAUUU